AAGAAGCAGCAGCCCAUGCAGCAGGCUCAGGUGGACUCCGCCGUGGACUCCAAGGUCCAGAAGUCCAAGUCGUCGUCACCGGAGCAGGAGCAGCAGGCCGUGUCUGUUGAGCAGUCCGCUGAUGUGUCCAGCGCCGCCUCCAAGCAGACAAUCAGUCCGCAGUCUGAACAGUCUUCAGAGUCGGUUGAACAGGCGCAGGAAUAA